AUGAAUGCACUCGCUUCAGUUAUCCCAGUUGCUGAUGGUCCCAUCAUUUUCUCUGCUAAAUUCUCUCCAAACAGCACCGUUUCAUCUCCAAAUUCAGAAGUUGUGUUGGAUGUCCCUGUAAAGCCCCGGAAGGGUCACCUGCUUGUGCUAGAGAAUUUCAAUUUCCUCCAACUGAAACGUGGUCUGAUGGAGGUGGGAUAUACUGAUCAUGAAGUUACAGCUCAGCAUACCACCAGUUCAGCAUCAGGAGAUCAAGGGCAAGCCUUGUCUAUUUCAAUGACAGCCACCAUGGACACAACGGGAAACCUUGUUCUGGGGAGCAGCCGCCAAUUUUCUGGAUUUGAUACAAGUGUAAAUGAGUACAUACUUGAUCACAUAUGGGAACGGGCUAGGGUGUUCUUCCUCUCUUUAAAAGAGCUGCCUCUGAAUGAUAUCACUAGAAGCAGAGAAGUGAGAGUAGGAUUACGCCCUUACAUGCCUGAUGGCAAACCAUUGAUUGGACCUGUUCCUGGCUUCUCAAAUCUAUUCCUUGCUACUGGACAUGAAGGAGUGGAGGACUAUGGAGUACUACAAAAUGCUGGUGAGGAGUGA